AUGGCGGGAGCUCCUAUGGGAGAGAUUAUCUAUUCAGCUGUCAAACCGGUUAUUAGAAUGUACAUGAUUAUAGGAACAGGUUUUUUCUUGACGAGAAAAGGUUUGUUUGGUGUGACCGCCGCAAGAGCAUGUUCUGAUAUGGUGUUGAUGCUAUUCAUGCCAGCUUUAGUUUUCGAUAAGAUUGUUUCAUAUAUCUCCAUCUCGGAUAUCAAAACAAUAGGAGUCAUUUGUUUUUGUGCUUUUGUUAUGUAUUCAAUUAAUGCAGUUGUUGCGUUUCUUAUAGUAAGAUUCACUCCGGUACCAAAGUCAAGGGAGGAGAGGUGGGUCGGCGGUGGGUUACUAGCCGGGAUAAUGCAAAAUGUUUCUGAUUUACCCAUCUCUUAUAUUCAGGCAGUCUCGAUCUUUUCUACAAAACAACAAAAUAAAGGAACUGCCUAUGUUAUUAUCUGGUUGGCAAUGUAUGUUGUUACCCAAUUCAACUGCGGCUUAUUUCAGCUUGUCAAUUGGGACUUUGAAUAUAUGGGACAAACAUCUGGUGAUGCAGAAAAAGGUGACCAGUUGUCGCAUUCUUGCUCGGAAACAGUACAGAGUGACCAACCUGAAAAGUUUAGAGAAGAGAACGAUGAUGAUGAUGUUCAUGACCAGAACAAUUUGACUAGUAGUACAAAGACGAGUUUGAACUCAAGCGAUAAUGAAGACUUACAACAGCCAGUUAAUAAUAACCAGGCUUCAAUGGAAAGACCUAUGUCAGAAGUCUCAUCACUCAAUAUAUCCAUAGAUUCAGAGACAGGUAUUGGUCAACCCACACAUGGAUCUACAAGUGCUGCCCAUCGUAUACAAUCGCAUCCUAGUGUAAGAACAAGAGCAUCUUCAAAACAAUUCAGUGAAAAUUAUGACCCAAGACCAUUGACAGCUGUGAACUCUAGAAUCUCACAUCUUGCUAGAACACUUUCUAAAGGUAGUGCGAUAGCUCGUAUACCUUCUGCUAGGAGUAUCAAUACUAAUGGUCCAAAUGAUUCCGAUCAUGAAGACAUGCUUUCCUUGAACCAAGAGUUAAUAAGGGAAUAUUCUCGUGUCCAGCCUUAUAACCAAAAAAUGAGCAAAACAAUGAAGGUUGUUACCGAAACCAAUUUAACAAGCCAGGAUGUCAAGGAGUCCGGUGAGGAAAUUCCAUUUAUUAAGAAAUAUCAUUUGCAUUAUGUGGUCUUUUUUUUGGAAAACUUCAAAAAGCCCAUGUCUGUCAGUUUGAUUCUAGCUAUAAUAAUUGCUUUGAUUCCGUGGACAAAAGCUUUGUUUGUUAAUGAUGGAAAGGUCACGCUUAAAAAUGCCCCAGAUAAACAGCCUGCCCUCUCAUUUAUUCUCAUGUAUGCCGAAUAUCUUGGUGCACCGUGUGUUCCUCUUGGACUACUAUUGAUUGGCUCUGUGCUCGCAAGGUUGGACGUCAGUGUGCUUCCUAAGGGUUUUUGGAAAUCUGCCGUUUCUCAUACAGUGUUCAGGUUGGGCGUUUUACCAAUCAUUGGCAUGGCAUUUAUUACUAGACUCAAAACAAUUGGCUGGUUGACAGAUCCAAUGGCCAUUUUUGUAUGUGUCAUGGAAUUUGCUUUACCCAGUGCCACAGUUCAAAUAUAUUUAACCGCUGGUGCAAUGCGUCCCGAGGACAAAACCAGCACCCCCCUCAAUUGUUUUGGCCUUUACUUAAUUUUGCAGUAUGCUGUUCUCGUCAUAUCCAUGCCCAUUGUUGUUUGUUAUUGUAUCAAACAUCCAAUGGGGUUGUGA